AUGUUCCGCCUUAUCUCUCGUUGUAGUAGAAGAGCCUACCACUCUACGUCUCACCCAGCUUCAAACAUUAUUGUAAACAAAAGAACUCCGCAGGGUGUUCUCUUUAGCAAGGCUUUGGAUUACGUUCCAAAGUAUGGGUUUUCGAAAAACUCCAUCAAUGCAGCUGUAGCCGAUUUAGGCUAUUCUGACUCAAUCCAGAGUGCUGUCUCUGCUCUGUCCCAGCACUCUCCCGAGUACGGAUUGGUACUUUUUUGGCUUCAGUCUCAGAGACAAAAACUCUACGAUCAUGCUUUGAACGAAAAUGCCGACUUCCAUAGUAUUGGAGAUGAGUACAGUCGUGCGGCAUACUUGAUCAAAGAGCGUUUGGGCUACAACGAGCCAAUCAUUGACCAUCUCUCCGAGGCGCUUUCCAGACUCAUUUUACCAUACAAUUGGCAACUGUCUUUAGAGGAACUACAUAAUUUGUCGGAUGACAUUGCUUUCUACGCUGGCGACGAGUCAAACGAUAGUGCAUGGUACGCCAAGAGAUUUCUUUUAUCUACUAUAUAUGUCAAAUCGGAGUUGUUCAUGCUUCAAGACUCCAGUGCAGGCUUUGAACGGACACACGCUUAUGUUGAUGAGAGCGUCGCAGCCAUGAAGUCCAUGGGAUACUCAUACAGCUCUGUUGAGCAGUGGGCCAUGUUUAACGCCAUCUCUAUAGUCAACUUGAUUAAGAGCCAGUUGACUCGUGGAUAG